AUUGUGUUGUCCAACAAGAGGAAGCCAAAGAUCUCAGCUUCAAGGAAGCUGAUGCUCAAGAGUCUGAUGGUGGCAAAGGCUAAGGAGGAAUUGGAACAAGAGGUUGUGGUUAAAGAGGAGGAGAAACAGAACUAUCUAUCAGAGAGAGCUCCUCCUCUGAACACAAGCGGCCUGAGCCUUGCACAGCUACAGGACCUCUGCAAAGAGCUCCAUGCCAAGAUAGAUGUGGUGGAUGAGGAGCGAUACGACAUCGAAGCCAAAGUCAUGCUCAACACACGUGAGAUUAAAGACCUGAACAUCAAGGUAUUGGACCUCAGGGGGAAAUUCAAGAGGCCUAAUCUUCGUCGCGUUCGUGUGUCUGCUGACGCCAUCCUUCGCUCCCUGCUGGGCUCCAAGCACAAAGUGUCCAUGGACCUCCGAGCCAACCUGAAGUCUGUCAAGAAAGAGGACACUGAGAAGAAGAGGCCAGUAGAGGACAGUGACUGGAGGAAGAACGUGGAGGCCAUGUCAGGGAUGGAGGGAAGGAAGAAAAUGUUCGAUGCUGCUAAGGGGCCCGCCCAGUGAACCCAGAAGGCGACAGACGGGGUGGUGUCAUGUGUGCGACAUCACUCUUCCUGCCUCUGAAUUGAUCUUGUUUUUCAACGGCCUAUUGCAGCCUCUGCAUUUCUGCUGUCAUUCUUGUGUAUGCUCCUGCCAUGGAGGACUCACUCCUAAAAAAGUUUUCUCCACUUUCCCCAAGAACUGAUCUGCUUGAUAAGCGUUGACAUGGUUAUAUAAAUGAACUUCUCAUAACUGAUAUUGCACCUGAACCCCAGGAAUUUAAGCUUAUGUUCGUUACAGCUAAGUCAAAAAAGGCAGCUUGUAUCUCUUUAAGACAACAGUGGAUAAUACUGUAACUUAACUGGUAGGUCAAAUGAUAUUAGAGCCAAUAAUCAUCUGACCAAUUUAAACUGCAUCUUCGAUAUUCUUGCUUGGUGAUAGACUGUAAGCAUGACCUGUGGUUUUGUGGACUGUAACAAAAUGAUGUGCACUUCAUAAGCUGGAUUUACAGCAACAUUAACAGCAACAGUAAAACACAUAAAUGUUUCAUAA